CUACCCCUGUUGCCAACCCUAUUUUUCCCUUGUUUUGUACAGAAACAAGCGAAUUCUCUUUUUUGUUUUAAAAAAUUUGAAAAGUAAAACCGUAGAAGAUAUUGGUCAAUCCAAUUCUCUGGCUCUCUUUCUCUCUCUCUUCAGAGAGUUCUUCUUUGAAUGUCUCCGAUCUCUUUUUUUCUAUCAGUUGAAUGCAUAAAUAAAUAAAAAUCUUCAGAAGUUCUCUCAAAUUUCAGAUCUAAAUCAUAGAAGUACUUUUUCAUUUCCCCGUAAUUUAUCCGAAGAGAGAUAAAGAGAAAAGAGGUUGAUAAAUCGAGAAAAAAAUGAUCACAAUUCCGUAUUUGACCGCUCUAACCACGUAUUUCAGCUAUGGCCUUCUCUUCGCGUUUGGCCAAUUCCGUGAUUUCUUCAGGAACAUCUUCGAUUGGUGGCACGCCAGCAAUCUUGAGGGAUAUGCGCCGAUCUGUUUAGGACUUGAAGAUUUCUAUAUUCGGCGCUUGUAUCUUCGUAUUCAGGAUUGUUUCGGAAGACCGAUAGCAAGUGCUCCAGAUGCUUGGUUUGAUGUAGUGGAGCGCUACUCCAAUGACAAUAAUAAAACAUUGAAGCGAACUGACAAGAUAAGUAGGUGUCUUAACUUGGGAUCAUACAAUUAUCUUGGCUUCGCAGCAGCCGAUGAAUAUUGCACGCCCCGUGUAAUUGAUUCAUUAUGUAGAUUUUCGGCAAGCACUUGUAGUACCCGUGUUGAAGGAGGAACUACAACACUGCAUAAAGAACUGGAGGAAUGUGUUGCGAAUUUUGUUGGGAAGCCUGCUGCUGUAGUCUUCGGCAUGGGCUAUGUGACAAACUCUGCUAUUCUUCCUGUCAUAAUUGGAAGGGGAGGAUUAAUUAUUAGUGAUUCAUUAAACCACAACUCUAUUGUCAAUGGUGCUCGAGGCUCAGGAGCUACUAUCCGAGUUUUUCAACAUAAUACUCCUUCUCAUUUGGAAAAAGUUCUGAGAGAACAAAUUGCUGACGGACAGCCCAGGACACAUAGGCCAUGGAAGAAGAUAAUUGUUGUCGUGGAGGGUAUUUAUAGUAUGGAAGGCGAACUUUGUAAACUCCCUGAGAUUAUUGCCAUAUGCAAGAAGUACAAGGCUUAUGUUUAUUUGGAUGAGGCUCAUAGCAUUGGGGCUGUGGGAAAAACUGGAAGAGGCGUAUGUGAACUCUUAGGAGUGGACACUGCUGAUGUGGAUAUCAUGAUGGGAACUUUUACAAAAUCUUUUGGGUCUUGUGGUGGUUAUAUUGCUGGAUCCAAGGAACUUAUACAAUAUCUUAAGUACACAUGUCCUGCUCAUCUAUAUGCAACAUCAAUAUCACCUCCAGCUGCACAGCAAAUUAUAUCUUCAAUAAAGGUUAUUCUUGGAGAGGAUGGUUCUAGCAGAGGCGCUCAAAAACUCGCAAGGAUACGUGAGAAUAGCAACUUUUUCAGGUCAGAACUACAAAAAAUGGGUUUUGAGGUCCUUGGAGACAAUGAUUCCCCUAUAAUGCCUAUAAUGCUUUACAAUCCGGCAAAAAUCCCUGCAUUUUCUCGAGAGUGCCUUAAACAAAAUGUUGCUGUUGUUACAGUUGCUUUCCCUGCCACCCCACUACUUUUAGCCAGGGCACGUAUUUGCAUUUCUGCCUCGCACACCAAGGAAGACCUUCUUAAAGCGCUAGAGGUUAUUAGUCAGGUUGGUGAUAUGGUGGGCAUAAAAUACUUCCCUGCAGAGCCUAAUAAGCAGCAGCAGGACCAGCAACAGCAGCAGCCCGGGAAAGACACAAUCAAGUUGGACUGAAGGGUUUUCGAAACAGGCUGAAGUUGAAUUGCUUGCUUUGAUUCUAGCAGGUACCGUAAAAUUGAUGUUUAAAUAGGAAUUCUUCGUCAGCCGCAAUGUUUGAUUGUUGUAAUCUCUCUGAAAAUCAGGGGGAAAUUUGUUUGUAGAACCAAAUAGCCUGGGCAUUCUAAGAUUUUCUUACGUGUUUGUAGCAGUACUUAUCACUGCGUGUUUUGGACAUGAUCUUCUUUGGAUUUUUAUUCAAUUAAUGUAUAGGGGUACUAAUUUAAUUUAA